UCCACAAGUAUUAUCAUGUCUUAAACAAGACUUUAAUAAUAUAAUCAGUAUUUUAAGAAUGUAUUAAACAUGCAUUUAUUUUAAAUUUAUUUGAAUUAUUUAGAAAUACAAUUCUUAACAACUCACAUUUAGAUUAUAUAAAAAUUUUAGUAUACUGUUUGGAUUAUCGGAAGUAAAAUAGCAUGUAAAAAAACCUUUAAAAUUAUAUAUAAUAAUAGAAGAAAUUAUUCAAUUAAUAAAACUAAUAAAAAAAAAACGCUGUCAUCUAAAUGUAUUUCUUUACAAAUGAAUACAUGACUUGUACGUGAUGUAUAAUCUAUAAGACUAAAUAAAUUAUGUACAUAGGUAUAUAUAUCACUUUGUGCAAAUCAAAAAAUAAUAAUUGAUAAUAUGUUAUUAUUGAUAUUAAAUAUUCAACAUAUAAUUCAUGACGAUGGUAUUUAUAUUGAUGAUCAUCAUGUUUCUUGUGCGCAUAAUCAAGUAUAUUCAGAAUAUAUGUCUAUUGUAAUAAUAAUAAUCGUAUACAAAAAAUAAUAGUAAUAAUUUAAAAAUAUUCACUUAAAAUAGUUAAAUAUGAAAAUAUAUCAAGACGGUAUACAAUUUCAUCAUGAAUUGAUGAUUGACGAAAAUCAUUUAGAAUUUUUUCGAAAUUAUUUAGCUAAAAUCAAAUGAUAGAUCUUAUAAAAACAUAGAAAUUUUAAAGUCAAAUGCUUUUCUCUAGUUCAUUAUUAAUUAAUGAAUUGCAGGAAAGUUUUCUUCUCAAAUCAAUGAGUGAUAUGUUACUAUCAUAUAGAUUAUGAUGAAAACUUAAGCUCUUUUGACUUUGAUAGAAACUAGAUUUUAUCCGUUCAGUUAGUUUCUUCUUUCUAAAGUUUCAAAUCGAAAGUUUUAAAUCAAUCAUCCUGGUACUCGUUACAAAGAUGACGAGUUUUAUUUUAAUAAUCUAUCCUAGAAACAUUAUAUUGAUCUGAACAAUUUUGGCACAAUUUAUUUCUCUCUACUAAACGAUUGCUAACAAAUGAUUAAUAUUUCAUCCGAUUUGAACGUGUUUUGUCGAAAAUCUGUUUUUAACUGCUAGAUAGAAACAUUCUAUGAAUAUUUCAAUCGAAAAAAAUUUUUCAAUGAAAAUAAAAGAUAAUUCGAUGUAAAAUAGAAGGUUUUAUUUCAAUGUAAAUGGUUAAUUGUUUAAAAUAAGCCUAAGGUUAUUUCGAUAAAUAGUUAACUGCUAGAAAUAAAAUAUCUCUAUUAGAAAAUGAUUCGUUUAUAUUAUAUUUGAAUAUUUGGUAAAGAAUUGAUUAUCGAAGGGCUCUCUGUUCUUUUUCGUCGUUUCGUUAUAUAAUCAUAAUAUUGAAAAAAAAGAGUGCCCUUGGCAUCAUUUAAUGGAAAGCAUUCUUUUAUUGAGAGAUUAGCAAAUGAGAAUUAUUUAUCUGAUGAUAAUCGAUCAAAUUCCGAACAACGAUCAAGUCUUGCAACGUACUCUUGGAUGAGAUUUUCAUUUUUUAAUUUAAAUAAAAAGACAACAACUUAUUCUAUAUAAUUUUUUUUUCAAUAUAUAUAUAUUUAUUUUAAUUAACAUUUUAAAUAAUCGAUUUAUAUAAUAAGAUGUUUAUCUUGUUUUUAUUAUUAUAAUUGUAAUUCUAUUGAAUAUGGUUAUAUUAUAAUACUAAUAGAUUUAUUUAUAUUAGAGAUUCAAAAAUAAAAUAGUAUAUAGAAUUGAUAUAUUCUAUUUGAAAAUAAAAAUAAAUCUCAUUUAUUAUCUUCAUUUAUGUUUGGUUUAUUUCGAUUUAAUAAAAUAGUUUUUUAAUAUUGAAAUAAGGGGAAAAAAACUGAUAAAUUAUAUUCGAAAGAUAUAAUAUAUUCAAAGAAUUAUUUUCAAUAGAAAUCGAAAUAACUCGAUCAACUUAACAUAUAUUAUACGAAUGGAAGAUAUUUAUUGAAAUAAAUCAAUUAUCUUUGCACUUAUUAUAUAUUUAUUUAUUCAAAUUUAAAAAAAAAGCGAACUCUUAAAUAAAUAAAUGAAAUCUUAUAUUAAUAUAAUAGAUCAUUUCAAUGGUUAGACUAAUAUUGAUAGACAUAAGGUUUUAUUCAAUUUAUUUAUUUUAAUUUAAUUGAGUUAAUCCUUUGCUGGUGUUGUUUUUUUGUUAAAAAUUUUUCUAUAGUCUUAUAAUGAAAUUAUUUUAUGUUAUUAUUGUCCAGUUAAGAUAAUAAUUAUAUAUUAUUGUUUCUUCAUUAAAAAACUCUUUAUUUAGAAAUAAAAUAUCAUUUGCUUUGAAGAAUAUUCAAAUUCCAAAAAAGAAUUUUUCAAAUGUGACCAAACGUUUUAUAUUAUUUAAAUAAAUUUAAAGAGUAGUUUUCAUAUUCGUAGAAUUAAAAAAAACCAAACUUUCAUAUUAAAUCUUUAUUGUUGUUUUUUCAAAGCUAAUUUAAAUAGUUAACUAUCUCCUUACAUCUGGUCAAAAAUGCGUUAUUCAUUAUAUAAAUCGAUUUCUAGAUGAAUCUAUAUUGAUUAUCUUAUUAUAUAUAAAGAUUGACAACGAAAAUUAUUUAUUAUUUUAAUAAUCUAUCCUAGAAACAUUAUAUUGACCUGAACAAUUUUGACACAAUUUAUUUCUCUCUACUGAACGAUCGCUAACAAAUGAUUAAUAUUUCAUCCGAUUUGAACUUGUCUUGUCGAAAAUCUAUUUUUAACUGCUAGAUAGAAACGUUCUAUAAGACGAAAUAAUGAUAAAAUAGUUCGAAUUAUCGAUUAAAAAUUUCUAAGGAAAUAAAUUUGAUCGAUCCUUAUAAAAAUGUUUUGAAAAUAAAUUUGUUUGAAUAGAAUAUUUAUCGAUAUGGUUAAACAAAGAAAUUCGAAAAUAAAAAAUGAAAAUAUUUUGUUUCUUUAUAUUUAUUAAUAUAGAAGUGAUGAUGUAUCUGAUUAUUACAAUCGAGUUCGUUAUAUUCGAGAUUCUUGUAAAUUAAAUAAAAGUAUUGAUAAAGAUGUAUCAAAAUCAUUGAAAGAAUUUCGUUUGAGUGAUGUUGCACGUUGUUAUCGUCCUCCAUAUAGAACAAAUGGUACUUUAUCGAUUUUAAAUCAAACAGUUGAUGAUUUAAUUCAAAUACAUGAUUUUAUUGAUUCAAAAAGAAAAGAAUGGUUUGAACAAUUUUAA